AUGCCUAAUCUUAAAGCAGUUAAGUCAACUGUGAGUCUUCACACAGUAAGAUCCAAAGCUGGUGAUCAUGUUCACCAAGUUCUUUCAAACAGAUCUGAACUUAGAGUUUUAAGUGUAGAUGCUGGGAAAGUAGGGGAUGAAGACUUGUUAGCUGACAUUGGUUAUAAGCAAGAAUUAAACCGUAGUUACUCCACAAUUCAAAUCUUCGGUAUCGCCUUCUCCAUUAUGGGUUUAUUACCUUCUAUUGCUUCCACUAUUGGUUCUGGUCUUGAUUAUGGUGCAGUUGGUUUAACAUGGGGUUGGUUUUGCUCUGGUUUCUUCAUUCUUUCCAUUGGAGUCUCUAUGAGUAUCCUUUCUUCUGCCAUUCCAACUUCUGGUGGUUUGUACUAUUGGACUAAUUACUAUGCCCCAGAUAACAUGAAGGUCAUUUUAAGUUUCCUUAUCGGAUGCUCCAAUUCUAUGGGUUUGAUUUCAGGUUUCUGUUCUAUCAACUACGGGUUUGCCUCAGAAAUUGCCUCUGCUGUGUAUAUAAGUAAGGAUGGUGACUUCGAUAUUACCAACCCAAUCUUAUACGGGAUUUUUGCAGCUUGUUGCGUCUCUCAUAUUGCCCUUUGUUGUGCUACAUCUAAGCACACUGCUUACUUGCAAUCGUUUUCCAUCUAUAUUAAUGUGUUCAUCAUUGUUUUAUUCAUUAUUGCUGUUCCAAUUGGAGCCCUGAAAAAGAAUGGAUUCAAUGACUCUUCAUUCAUCUUCGGUAACACAACAAACGAAACGAACUGGACCGCUGGUUGGUCAUUCAUGCUUUCCUGGAUGCCUGCUAUUUGGACUAUUGGUGCAUUUGAUUCCUGUGUCCAUAUGUCAGAGGAAGCUAAGAAUGCUACCAGAGGUGUUCCAAUUGGAAUUAUUGGUUCUAUCACUGUAUGUUGGGUCAUUGGUUGGAUCAUCUGUAUUGUUGCCUGUGCAUGUAUGCAAAACGGAGAUGUUGAUGCUGUCGUUUCACCAACUACUGGUCAAAGUAUGGCUCAAAUCAUUUACGACUGUUUAGGGAAGGAAUGGGCUGUUGCAUUUAUGUCAUUAAUUGCCUUUGCCCAAUAUGUUAUGGGAGCCUCUAUCUUAACUGCAGCCUCAAGACAAAUUUGGGCCUUUGCCAGAGACGAUGGUUUACCAUUCCACAGCUACGUUAAGGUUAUCAAUCCUACCUUAAAGGUUCCAUUAAGAGCCACUAUCUUCGGUGGUCUUUUUGGGUUAAUUAUCGGUUUAUUGAUUUUGAUUGAUGAAACCGCAGCAAGUGCUCUUUUCUCUUUAGCCGUGGCAAGUAACUACUUGUCUUGGGGUAUGCCAGUUUUCUUGGUCUUAUUACCACAUGGAUCUAAGAAGUUCAAGCCAGGUUACUUCACCUUGGGUAAAGUUGGUAACACUAUUGUUCACUGCAUUACUGUCGUUUGGAUCGUAUAUGUCAUUAUAAUGUCUAUGUUCCCAAGUAGUAAGACUGUCGAUAAGGAAACCAUGAACUAUACCGUCGUUAUUAAUGUUGGUGUUUGGAUUCUUGCCCUUGUGUAUUAUUUCGUGUACGGUUACAAGGUCUUCUCUGGUCCAAAGUCCAAUCUUGAAGGUGAACACGAUGGUAGUGUGGAUGAAGAUUUGGUUAACAUUGAUGCUCAACUUCUUGAAGAUAAGUCAUAA